AUGUUGCCUCGAUCACAACCAUCGGGUGCUCAAAAUAGGAAAAGAAAGAAAAGGCAAGAGGAAAUUGCUCAAUCAUUGCAAGGAUCUCUAAAUAUAUUUAUUGUUAGACAAUCAAAUGUUUCUGAAAAUGCUAGUGAUAAAAAUGAAAAUGCUUGUGAUGCAAAUGGUAGUGAUAAAAAUGAAAUUACUUGUGAUGCAAAUGUUUGUGAUGAAAAUACUAGUGAUAAAAAUGAAAAUGCUUGUGAUACAAAUGCUUUUGAUGUAAAUGAAAAUGUUAGUGAUGAAAAUGUUUGUGCUUGUGAUGAUGAAAAUGCUUGUGAUACAAAUGCUUCUAGUGAUGUUCGUUUGAAUAUAUUUGAUCCAAAAAUUUGGGAUAUGCUAAAUUGUAAAAUGAAAGAUUUGUUUGUUGAAAAAGGGCAUAUUAGGGAAAGUAACAUCAAUUUCCCUAGAGAUAAUAUAGGUAGACACUUCUCUGAUGAAUUYUAUGUUCGUAAGUUACGCAAUGGUGAUUGUCAUGAUAGAAAGUGGUUAGUUUAUUCAAAAGAGCUAGAUAAAGUCUUUUGUUUUUGUUGCAAACUUUUCAAAGAAGACCGGUCAAAAAGCCAAUUAGCAAGUGUUGGAUUAAGUGAUUGGAAACAUCUUGGUCAAGGAUUGAGCGCUCAUGAAAAUAUCAUUGAGCAUACGACUAGCUUGGGAAUUUGGUCCGAGUUGCGAUUGAGUAAAAAUGAAACACUUGAUAAAGAGCUACAAUAUUUAAUAAAAAAGGAUACUGAUCAUUGGAAAGAAGUUUUGGUUAGAAUAAUUGCUGUUGUUAAAUGUCUAGCAAAGAAUAAUAUAGCUUUUCGUGGGAAAAAUGGAAAACUUUUUGAAGAAUCUAAUGGUAACUUCUUGGGCUUAAUUGAAAUGAUUGCUAAGUUUGAUCCGUUACGAACCAGAUUUGAACGAAUGCAAGAAUUUGAAUCUAUGUUUGGCUUCUUGUUUGAUGGGUGA